AUGUUCAUUAUGCACAUUCUGGUACAUCUACUCGCGUUUGGCUUGAUUAACUUUUAUUUAGCAACGGCAACCGUUAUUGGGCCACAAUUACACCGCGCCCCAUCCAAGAAUGCCCUAGGUCCCGUCUCAACCAUCGAGAUCUUGAAUAGGGUCAUUUCACCGGAUGGCUUUUCUCGAUCGGCAGUGCUUGCUGGUGGGACAUUUCCCGGGCCUCUAAUUCAAGCGCAAAAGGGUGACGAAUUCUUGAUCAAUGUUACUGACCUACUGAACGAUACCUCCAUGGAUAUCACAACAAGCAUCCAUUGGCACGGCAUCCUUCAGCACCAGUCCAAUUGGGCCGACGGAACCGCAUGGAUUACUCAGUGCCCCAUACAGCCUACCGGGAGCUUCUUGCAUAGGUUCACUGUACCGGACCAAGCCGGGACAUACUGGUAUCACUCGCACUUGUCGGCUCAGUACUGCGAUGGAUUAAGAGGACCGCUGGUUAUCUAUGACCCAGACGAUCCCCUUGCUGAUAUGUAUGACGUUGAUGAUGAAUCGACCAUCAUCGUACUUUCUGACUGGUAUCACAAACCCUCCCCGCUGUUGUACAACCCUCCCUUCACGCCGGAUUCUACUCUGAUCAAUGGACUUGGUCGUUAUCCAGGUGGUCCGUCUUCACCACUCGCUGUCCUUAAUGUCACACAAGGGCAGAGGUAUCGGUUCCGGAUUAUCGGGGCAUCUUGUGACGCAUGGUUUAACUUCACAAUCGAUGGCCACAGCAUGACGAUUAUCGAAGCAGAUAGCAACGAAGUGGAGCCAGUAGUCGUUGACUCACUUGCGGUGCAUGCGGGCCAGCGUUAUUCGGUCGUCGUCACUGCCGAUCAACCCGUGGACAACUACUGGAUUCGAUCUGUGUCCAAUUUCCCUAAUCAGACCUUUGACGGAGGACUCAACUCGGCCAUUCUGAGGUAUGGUGGUGCACCCAUUCAGGACCCCACGACGGACCCAGGGCCGUACGUUCUGCCGUUUGAUGAAAGCACUCUUCAUCCUCUUCAUGGCAGUGGUGUACCUGGUACUCCUGGUGGUGCUCUGAACCCUUCACAACUGCUUCCCAACGGGAGUGUCUAUGAGUUGCCAGCCAACAAGACGAUCGAAAUCAGCAUUCCGGCAACUGAUCUCACCCCGGGGGGUGCACUGGGUGGUCCGCACCCUAUACACCUUCACGGGCAUGCAUUUGAUGUCGUUCGUGUAGCUGGCAAGAACACCUACAACUACAUAAAUCCGGUGCGAAGGGAUACAGUGUCGCUUGGAAGCCAAACGCAGAACGACAAUGUAACUAUCCGUUUCACCACCAAUAAUCCUGGCCCUUGGUUUUUCCACUGCCACAUUGAUUGGCACCUUCACAAUGGAUUCGCUGUUGUCAUGGCUGAAGCCCCGUUGUCAGCCGGAGUUCAGGAAAGUAAAGCCACUCCAGAGUAUUGGUACAAACUGUGCUCCUCACAAAGCAUCGUAGCAUAA